CACCAUCAUGUCUAAACACUUAAAUUUUCAGGCAAGCCGCCUGAAAUCCCAAUUGCCUUCGAACCUAUCUAUUCUUUUUAGGUCUCUUUUUUCUCCUCCCUUUUGUCACGUACCUGCUUCAUCUUGCGCAAAUUAUGACUACAAACCCCGGAAUGUCUUCACACCGUCGCCUUUGGAUCGCUCUGCUUUUGCUCUCGGCGUCUGUUGCUACUGCACAUGACUUAGACGAUGUCGAUAUUCCAAAGCUGGGGAUGUCCCGUCCAAAGUUCUUGCUAGACCCGGCACGCGCAGUUCAAGCUUUGGUCGCAGAGGACUUUGUGACUUUCUUCUACAACCAAACCCUCGAUCAUUUCAACUAUAGACCAGAAAGUUACACUGCCUUCAAUCAAAGAUAUGUGGUCAAUUCCGAGUACUGGGGUGGCGCGGAUUCUGGCGCACCGAUCUUCGCCUUUCUUGGUGCAGAAGCACCCAUUGAUGGCGAUAUAGCUAAUGCCGGGUUCCUCACAGAUAAUGCUGCUCAAUUUAGAGCACUCCUGGUAUACAUUGAGCAUCGGUUCUAUGGAAAAUCUAUCCCCUAUGGAAUGACAUUAGAAAGAGCCCUUGGCGACGCCGACACCCGCGGAUAUUUCAGCUCUGCCCAAGCGCUCGCCGAUUACGCGGAAAUUCUCAUCCACUUAAAGCAGAAAUUGAAAGCCGAACAUUCUCCUAUAAUUGUUUUUGGAGGAUCGUAUGGGGGAAUGUUAGCUUCGUGGUUCCGGCUGAAGUAUCCUCACGUGGCACUUGGAGCUUUAGCUUCAUCCGCCCCGAUUCUCUACUUUGACGACAUCAUUCCUCAGGAUGCGUACUAUUCAGUAGUCGCAAAAAGCUUUUUGGAAAGUAGUUCUUCUUGCCACCAAACGAUAAGACAAUCCUGGGAAGAACUCGAUAGAGUUGCUUCUGAGCCUCGUGGUCUCACGAAGUUGAGCAACGCCUUCAAAACUUGCAGUCCCCUGCAAAGUUCAUCAGAGCUCAAGAAGUACCUGAAAUUGCUGUACGUACAAGUGGUUCAAUACAACGAUCCAUCCGCACAACCCUUGAAACUUAUGUGCGAUGCCAUUAAUGGAGCUCCUCCAAGAAAAGGCCUACUGCAGAAAAUCUUCGCGGGCCUCGUUGCCAUCAAUGGCAACUUAACAUGCUAUGUCAAUCCUUCUGGUUCGGAUGCUCAAACUCCUUCGGGAUGGUUUUGGCAGACAUGCAGUGAGAUGGCGUUCCCUAUCGGCAUUACCAGAAACACUAUGUUUCCACCAGAACCUUUCAAUCUAAACAGCUUCAGCAAUGCCUGCAAAAGUGAGUUCGGCGUCCCAGCUCGACCGCGUUGGGUCACUACCUAUUUCGGCGGUCAUGACAUAAAACUAAUACUACAUAGGUUCGCUAGCAAUAUAAUAUUCUCCAAUGGACUUCAAGAUCCUUAUAGCAGCGGCGGGGUCCUGAAGAAUAUUUCUAGCACCGUUGUCGCGAUCUACACAGCCAAAGGUUCUCACUGUUUGGACAUACUCGGAGCUGACAAGAGCGAUCCAGAUUGGUUGGUCGAGCAGCGCAAAACCGAGGUCAAGAUUAUGAAAAAAUGGCUCGCCAAGUACUAUGCAGAUCUACACGCUUUCGGAAAUUGAUCUCACAUGUAAAAGUUAUGAAUAUAUAGUGGUAAUAUGACUAGGAAUAAAGCUAUUACAUAAGUUUUGUACCAUCUCGGCCAAUUUGAUCUCGAAGAUUUACAUCGUUCGCCGCAAUAAACCUCAUGGGUUUUUCUCGGA